UUGUUUUUUUCUUUGUUUAGUUUUCUUGCCAUGUAAUGAGAUUGUGUGCCAUCCCAAACGCCAUCUUGUUUGGUACACUUUCUUGGAAUAUUUGCUGCUACAGAGAAGCUGACCGCAUUCUCAUUUGGGAACAACAGUUGCAUGAUGCUGUUCUCUCACUCUGCGUAUUUGAAGAUAGUGGAACCUGGCGUGUGUUUGCUGGUCUGGCAGAUGGAACUGUAGCUGUGCUGGAGAACGUGAAUGCGAACUCAGAAUUCUACGAUGUUAUGUACAUUCCUAUUGGUCAAUCACCAGUGACGUGUCCGACUUUUGGACAGCCAGCUGUGGUGUGCUUGUGGCAACACGGUCUCUGUCAUCCAUGCCAGUACACUAGACGCUAUGGACAGCUUCACAGUGUCAUUCAACCUGUAUGAUCACAUUCUGACACUGCAACCUGGAUUUCUGGGUGUCUGGAUCUCAGUGCAUGGAUCAUCAAUCUUAGAACUCUGGGAACCUGAGGCUUUGGUGUGCAAGAUGUUGUACGACACUCGUUCAAGUCAAUACCCUAAUCUUCGCAAAGAUGAUGAGAUGUACUUCAACAAAGCCCGCAUUACUUGUAUCCUGCCUCUUGACUACACAGUCUGGGAUGGAACAGGAGAGGGAAACUUGAUCACAUAUGAUGUCUUCACACAUCAAGGCUCAAAGUCACCCUCAGACUGUUCCUCUUUCGUCGGUUCCUAUUCAGACAACUUUUCAGCCCUGAUGAGUUGGAAAGAGGAGAUGACCAAUCUGUCUUCUUGUGCUGAGGCUUACAAUCCUAUGCGGGAAGCUGCUAUGAAGGUGCAUCAGCUAUAUUUAGCCCAGGUAGACUCUAACACUGACCCUCUCAGACUAUCUGAGCGGAUUCUCUCCUGCAGCGACUUCUUGACAAGCAGUGGCAAUGAGUCAGUGAUCCAAGGAGGACAAGAUUCCAUCAGCAUGUUUUUUACCCAGCCGACUAAUAAGUCAAAUAUCAGCAAGAACAAUUUAUUGCAAGAAACAAGUGGACUUGCUCCUUCAAUUAAUGAAGAUGAUAUUGAAGGCAUAACUCCUACUCCAAGUUUUUGUUGUGACAACAUUGUUGAAGCCAAAUCAAAAAACAAAGACUCAGAGAGAUAAGAUGAGAACUUUGAAGGAAGCAGACCCUCAGAAAUUGUAGAAGACAAUGAUUCCGGCGAAGUCAAGAAAUCAAAGGUGAGCAGUUGUAGUACUGGUCAUCAUGUUGUCUGGGAUGAAACAGCUUUUGAGGAGAAAGAUUUCUACUCUCUUGACAAAUUUUCAGAACCAAACAAUAGAUCUGACUAUCUUGAACAAACAUGAUUCCUCUCGGCAUUCAAUAGGUUUUCGUGAAAGGCUUGACAGAAAAUUGAUCAUAUUAGAAAACGAAAACAUCCCAAAGCAAAACACCAAAAAAAACAAACCCAACAAAAAACAACAACAACAACAACAAAAAACAACCAAACCAAAACAAGAAAACCCCUUAGUUUUUAUUUCCCUAACUUUCAAUCUUAAGACGUCGUUCGUAACCACUACACUACAGAGACGUUGCUCACGGAGAACUCUAAUGUAACCUACUUGUAGUUAAACAUUGUCUCGGUGGUUUUGGGCCCUCAUUUAUUUUACCUUUACCUGUCAUCAGUUGUGGCAGACUACAGUAAGGUCAGGACAGCUUUUGUCGCAUGCUGAGUAUGCCUUUUAGACAGCUAUCUCUGUAUACUCGGUAUAGUGCGAACCGGCAGGGGUUACUGUUCCUUGCUUAUUAAAACCACGGGCCCAACAACAAAACACAACACUUUCGUGGGUUCUAGAUCAUUUACUCCAACACCAGUAGACGGUGCUGGCUAUACAACACACUAGCGCUCUUGGUGGGAUGAGCUCCCACCUCACGAACUGACCACUCUUCACCGGUCCCGGUUCGCAUUGCUAUUACCGGUUCUGAAGCGCGCUCGGUAGAUGGAAAGAGCCCAUGUGUAGCUCGCUCCCAAGCUCCACUGCUCGCUACACAUGGGUAUAUCCGAGGGUUCCCACUUCUCAAAACAAAGAAGUAAACUAACACAGACACAACGAAAAUUGAAUGAAUGAAUGAAGGAGUCUUAUAACGCGCAAAAUCCGAAUCCUUGAGAAACGCUCAAUGCGCACGAAAUGUUACAGAAAAGUACACCAAUAUAAUCCACAUUAUCAGCUGCAGAAAAACAAAAGGAAAGUUAGAAUCAAACGAUCGGACGGCUAAAAAAGGACCACAGUUGUUCCCCAGCGUCAACCUCCUCCUAACGUUUCUCAGACGGGCUGGCGAGAUCACUGACUAGACCAGCAGGUUAAUCCAAUGAAUCACUUCACGCAGUUCGUGAAGCUAAGGAGAGAUUAAAGCCGUAUCGGCGAAGAUGUUAUAUUCCGACUGAGUUGAUUACUACACCACACUCGGAAUACACACGAUAAUACUCCACAGGAAAACGUUGGAUAUCCGUUGCAGGCAGUUAACCACACACUGUUCACUGACCACGGAGCUCUGCACUCUCCAACUGCUUGGUCUCGUCUCGCCGCGAGCAACGAAGCCAAUCACUCCUCAGUGGACAUAAAUCACGUGCACGAGGGGACAAUGCAACACCAAAGUUUAAUGGCGGUCCCAGAAAUAAGACUCGCCAACUUAAAAACAAAGGAAAAGAAAACCAUCAUUACAUCAAAAAUACAAAGUAAACCGAUUGUCCCCUGACAAAUAAUAAUAAAAAACAACAACAACAAAAAAAAACCCCAACAAAAAACCCCAACAAAACCAAACAACAACAACAACAUUAAAAAAGGACAAAAAUAACCAUUUGCUCGUACCCGUCCCACGUGCACCUCAGCAAAUCCCGAGCUCAACAGCUUUUCUCCGUAUAGAAACUUUUCUUUCUCUGCCGACCCGACCCCAGGCCUUCAAUAUCUCGUCCCUGUCUCUCCUGGAUUUCCCGCUCUUCUUACGUAAUGGUCCCCCACCCUCCAUAUCUUACGUCAGCACCAGUGACGACAGACCUCCCAAAGAGCAAGCGACACAGUUAUAUAAACAAAACAAACAAACAAACAAACAAAAGCUAAACUAAAAAGACCAUCAGGAGACACAACCACGUAUUCAACUCACUUACGACGACCAAAUGUAAAGCUAUAGCAUCGAUUGACCGAUGCCGAUUUGUUUUGUAAAGAACUCUCCUCAAUGGACUUUAUCCAUUCGCGGAUGUUUUUGGAGAAGUCACCACCAUAGCGCUCUAUUGCCUUACUGCGCAGCAUCAGGGCGUCUUUGAUGGCUGCUAUAGGUACAGAAGAAUACGAUUUGCUUUGUUCCAUCUUUGUGGCCGGUAUACAGGCUGCAAGGUGUACAAGUCUCUGUCGUAACGAAUGCAACCGUGCAUAGCGGUCAACGAUUCCAAGGUAAAAGAAUGUCAACCGUAUAUUCAGGAUUUAGCUGGUAUAUCUUCUUUUCGAUGUACUGCUGGCAGUUGUGGAAUACGUGCUGCACGUCGUACUCGUUGGCGAGUUGAAGAAGUUCAGUCAUGGUUUCCUCUGGAGGAAAAAAGUUUUUACAAGUUCAUGACAAUAUACGGAACCGUGCAGGAAUGCAAACAGAAUGAGAGAACAUGGUCUCAAUAAUCUUUUUGUAAUUUAUUUCUUUGGGAAGGUGUCAGAGUGAGUAUUCUUCUCACAGGUUUGUUCAGAGAUUAUGAGAGGUUAUAUUAUACAGAUAUUUAUUUCACUGCAGCUUCACCAUCCACAUGCACAUCCACAUCGAUCGCUGUAUCCUAAAUGCAAUUCACCGCUUUUGCAGGUGGCACAUACGGCAUAUCUCAGGAGUUUAUUAAUCUCGCUCAUAUCCAUGGUGGAUAUCCUAAUGUGGAUAAGUGUCCCGUCGAUGCAUCAUCCAACAACACUCGGAAAAACCACCGCUGGCAUAGAACUUUCCCUUCUCUCUGCCUCUCGCUGGUCGGGAAAGACGAUCCAUCGUCGAGCAUGUCGUAGUAGCGCUUUGGUCACUCUCCUCACGAUGUGACAUUUCUUUUUGGAGACUCCGACCAAAUCGCCGCACACACACAUUCACACACACACACGUAAACAUGAUCCCGUUGCGAAGUGCAAAGCAUUCUCGUCUGCUUGAGGGAACAUUGUUCCCUCGAUUCGACAUUUCCAAUUCACCUCCUACCUCAAACACAAUAGACAUUUUAUCAACUCCACGAAAUUCAAAUUCCGUGUACACUUCUACAUCAUUGUAAAGAUAUAAUUGUCACUAAAUAUUCUGUUUCGACGAAGAUUUCGCCUGUUUAGCGAGAGCACAGCUAGUACAGUCGCCAUUUUUCUGCGCCUAUAGCCGCGUAAAGGCGGGUCCCCCCUGUAUCACACUCAUCUCUGCUUUUAUAUGUAUAUAUGUAACCUCCCUUUCACACAUACUCAUAUCUGCACAUAUAUAUUUAUAACACCCCCUGACACUAACAGCUACUUACUCAUAGGUAUAUAUAUAUAACUCCCCCUACACACAGUAUCGAUAUCAUAUCUGCUUAUGUACAUAUAUGUAAACCUAACCACAUACACACACAUCUGCUUAUAUAUAUAUUUCUAAUACCCCAGACACACAUACUUAUAUCUGCCUAUAAUCCCCCAUUCCCCACACAAACUUUCUUGCGAUGCAUUAGUUCACACACAAACAUUUGACUGAACAGCACGACAGUUGCAGCUCACACUAACACUGUGCCAUCUAUACCAGCUCUCAGUGGCAGUGCUUCUCCCAAUCACUAUGUCUGUCCUUAAUUGGAAGAGAAGAGAUUCUUAACAUCACACUCAAUUGUAGAGGGCAGUGAAAAGCCCACGACCUGUAACGAGUGAUGGAAGGGAAACAAAAUUUGUUAUGAAACGGAGCAGCAGUCUCAAGUACGUUUUGAUGAUAGUUAAUAGUUCCCUCUUUAAAAGAAUAAUCCACCCCCACCCACCACCUCUAAGAUCGCUGUGUAUAUAGUAGUGGGUCAUCAUGAAAUGGUCGACAUAGAAUUGUUUAUAUUAGGGAAAGAAUAAACAAAACAAAAAACAAAAUACAUGAAGAAUUAGCUUCACCUAGAUGUUAACAUGGUCGAUCAUGUCAAACAAAUGGUCGCUUGCACCCACCAGAUUAUAUUAUGGUUUCGCUUGACAAAAAAACAAACAAACAAAACAAAAACAAAACAAAAAAAAAAUAAAAAAAUCAACCGAAGAUUUGAACAUACCAUACCUACUGUCAAUCUUCAGACUUCGUUCGUAACCAUUGCGCUACAGAGGCGUUGCUUGCGAUGAUAACUAAUGUAACCUACUUGACAGAAAAUUGUGAAAGGCUUGACAAAAAAUUGAUCAUAUUAGAGAAUGAAAACAUACCAAAGCAGAUUUCUGUCUAAGCCUCACCUGUCAUUAACUCAAAUCCUCGCCCAGGAUAGAUUUGCUCCAAUAGAUUUACCAUGGCAGCAUAGUUUGUUGUUUCAAGUGGGAUCUCUUUUAAGUCUUUUUCCUUGAAGUCAUCUGUAAACAUGGCCUUAAACACAGGGGAGUGGAUCAUGAGCAGUGAUUUACUGGCAUGAAGAUUCUGCCCUUCUACCACAAGGAUGAUGUCGGAUGUUUCAUCUCUUUCUUCAAAUCGGUUCUUUGAUGAAAACAUUUCUACAUCUUUUCUCUUCGUCGUUGUCAUCUUCAUCAUGGUCAGAAUGGAGGUCUUCUUGCGAACUUGUUUGUGAGUUUUGCGGAAGCGGCAAUGAGCUAUUUCUAUCCAUUGUCGCGUGUCGUAUGCUGCCUCAGCCCGGCUCAGCAAAACACAAAAGAAAAAAAAAACCCAUAUCAAAUUUUGAACACACCAACUGUCAAAAAUAAAGAUUCUUGAAUCAGAAGCUUCAGAACCUGAUUACACUCUGAAAAACAUGAACUAAGUGCAUGGAGGAAGAUGUAAGGAAUGAACCAAGUAGUGGAUCAUCCACAGACGUGGUUGGGCUACAACGCCUAACUAAUUUCAGUAGUUCAUCUUCUGUCACUGGUUGAAAGUUAGAGAGGGGCCUGCCACAAAACAAGUCACUGGUUUGCUCCACAGUAUCAACCGAGUCACCCAAGCUGUCCAUUAUGGACAGUCUUCAUCAAAUUGGGUUAUGCAACUGUCAAAAAUAAAGAUUCUUGAAUCAGAAGCUUCAGAACCUGAUGACACUCUGAAAAACAUGAACUAAG